AUGGAUCCUCGAUGGAAACACCCGUGGACUUCGAUCGUUUGCGGUCCUACAGGCUGUGGUAAAACAGUGUUUGUAAAAAGAUUUAUUAAACAUCUUCCUCAAAUGAGCGAUACAAAUUUUGCAAAAAUAAUAUUUCAUUACGGUGAAUGGCAGUCAAGCUAUGACGAAUAUAUAAAUUGCAAAAAUAUUGAGUUUCGUGAAGGUUUACCCGGUAGUGAAGAUUACAGUGGUGAUAAGACGGCUAAAUUAGUCAUUAUCGACGAUUUAAUGCGAGAAGCUUCAAACAACGCUGUGAUAAAUCUUUUUACAAAGGGCAGCCAUCACAAGAAUUUAAGCGUGAUUUUUCUGACGCAGAACAUUUUUCAUCAGGGGAGGAGUCAGAGGGAUAUAUCGUUAAAUGCCAAUUAUAUUGUGAUUUUUAAAAACCCUCGCGAUAGAUCGCAAAUACAACAUCUAGCUAGACAAGUUAAUCCUGAAAAUACACGGUUUCUGCAAGAAAUAUAUUAUGACGCUACAUCUUCACCGCACGGUUACUUACUACUAGAUUUAAAACAGUCAACACCCGAAAACUGCCGUUUUCGUAGUUGUAUUUUUCCCGAUGCGAACACACCUAUCCAGAAAAAGCAGCUACGUGUAUUACAAGCGUUGUGUUACCUUAGUAACACACAGCGCCAGGCUGUAUUGCGUAAAGCAGAUCCUGCUUUGAUACGUUGUAUUUGUAGUAAUAUAGAAGAAAACGUAGUUCAGCAGGAAGCGUCUUUCGAAAACUCCUCUCAAAUGUUAGACACAUCAGCAGCGUCCGACGAAAGUUUAAUUCCUCACCAUUCUUCAUACGAAGUGAUCAUAGAUAAUUCAAUUAUAGAAAGCGUACCUAAAAAACUCAGAAGUAACUGUGCGCGUGUAUUGAAACGUUUAAGAAAGGCGCCGACAGCGUUAAUAUCUUGGGACGAUAGAGGUUGUGUUACAAUCAAAGGUCGGAAAAUCCCCCAUUCUAAUAUUACGGAUCUCGUAAACGAUAUAAUACGUCCUAGAAGGCAGGCAAAAGCUAUAGGCCGUCAACAGUUUGCUAAAGUACUGCAAACAUUAAACAUACCACGCGAGUUCAUUGGCAACCGUGCUUAUUUCAACAACGUCUCCGAAGAAGAAGAAAAAGAGCUAUCAACCUCUACACCGACAAGACGACGAUCCGGUAAUAUUACUAUACCUGAAAUAAUAACAGAAAACGUGGCCGUCGAUGAAUCAAUGUUAAACCAGAGUGGUAAUGGUACUCUGAAUAAAAACGUGUUGAGCAAACAUGCGUGGGCUGAGCCAUUAAUAAACAAAACCAGUGUAACCGUCGCUCAAGCUUUCAGCAAAAUAUUAAGUAGAAACGGCAAACGAAAACCGCGAUUACUGCAAACAGAUAGCGGGAAGGAAUUCUUAGGCGCCCCUUUCCAAGAAUUAUUACGUAAAAAAGAAAUACAGUUUAGAACAACACGCAAUCCUGAUAUUAAAGCUUCUAUCGUGGAGCGUAUAAAUAGAACUAUAAAAGAAAGAAUAUGGCGGUAUUUUACACAUACACGUACGAAAAGAUAUUUAGAUGUGUUACAAAAAAUCAUGCAUGCCUACAAUCAUACGGUACAUAGCGGUAUCAAAAUGGCUCCUGUUGAUGUUAACGAAAACACAGCUCAAACAGCUUAUAAUAAUCUUAAAAAGCGGUAUGAAAAUAAUAAACGGGUAGCUGUCUUAGCGAAGCGUAAGCUUAAAUACUCUGUCGGUGACUUGGUGCGUAUCAGUAAGGUGAAAGCAGCGUUUACGAAAGGUUACGAGAGCGGUUGGAGUAGUGAGAUUUUUAAAAUUUUAAGAAUUUCCAAUUAUCGACAGCCUGCGGUUUACAUACUGAUCGAUUUGCAAAACGAGCCUAUAAAUGGUAUAUUUUAUGAGGAAGAGUUAUCUAAGGUGGAAUAA